AUGCAGAGACCAGGAGGGCAAGGGACCGCCUUUUCCAUCGAUUCCCUCAUCGGGACCCCUCAGCCCAGACCGGGACACCUGCUCUACACGGGCUACCCCAUGUUCAUGCCCUACCGACCCCUGGUCAUUCCGCAGGCCUUAUCCCACUCGCCUCUCUCCUCCGGGAUUCCUCCACUCGCUCCGCUCGCCUCCUUCGCCGGCCGCCUCACCAACACAUUCUGUGCCAGUUUAGGCCAAGGCGUACCGUCCAUGGUGGCGCUCACCACCACCGUGCCCAACUUCUCGGACCCGCCGGACACCUUUUACCCGCCACAGGAGCUCCCGGGCCCGCGUCUGAGUGCGGCGGAGCCGGGCGCGAGGAGGCAGGAGAGCCCGCACUCGGACGAGAUGCACAGCCGCGAGAAAAGCUCUGAGUUGAUCAACUUCUCGGAAACUUUUCACACGAUAUCAGGCGAGACCAAACUGUACAGCUCCGACGACGAAAAAGCGGACCUGAAGUCCGCCGAGGCCGCGUGCAGCGACCGGGACGACAGUUCCGCGGACAGCGAGAACGAGAGCUUCUCGGACGGCAACACGUGCGGCCCUCUCUCGCAGAAGGGCAAGCUGAAACUGGGCCCCCACGACACGCUGCCGCCCGGCGCCUCCUCGGCCGGCAAGAGCCGCCGGAGACGAACCGCGUUCACCAGCGAGCAGCUGCUCGAACUGGAGAAGGAGUUCCACUGCAAAAAGUACCUUUCUCUCACCGAACGCUCGCAGAUCGCGCAUGCGCUCAAACUGAGCGAGGUCCAGGUGAAGAUCUGGUUCCAGAACCGCCGCGCCAAGUGGAAACGCAUCAAGGCUGGCAACGUCAACAACCGCUCAGGGGAGCCAGUGAGGAACCCCAAAAUUGUGGUGCCUAUCCCGGUGCACGUCAACAGGUUCGCCGUGAGGAGCCAGCAUCAACAAAUAGAACAAGGCACGCGGCCGUAA